AUGCGGAUCCGUGGGGAGUUCGCCUUCUGGCUUUACGACUGCGUCUCGGAUCUGCUGCUUUUCUGGCAGUUCCUGAGCCUUUAUUUCUACAACUUUGCUGCCUGCCAGGCCUUUAUCAUCUCCCUCUCCUUGGUGGAGCUUUGCCAGCUUGGCCCUCGAAGGAUCUACCGGUCUGUGUGUCGCUCCCUUGAGCGCGAUUUACGGAGUGACGACUUCCUCCGGCUGCUGCAGAAGGAAAGGCUCGUCGAAGCCCCGCUGUCCUUCAUGCUCCAGAUGUACUCUACAUUUUGGCUGACGACGAAUAGUAUCGCGUACAUACUGGCCAUAUUUUCCAUGCUGGGUAGCCUGCUCAGUGUUGCGACUGCAUGCUUCAUCUAUUUCGAUCUGGCGAUCGACCCUGAUGCUCGCAUGAGCGGCGUCGAGCAGGGUAGCCAGUCGCUGUCCGAAGCCGUAGUUCGCCUGAGCAGUGCUGUGAGCAAUGUCUCUUCUGAACCGGCACGCCCGGCUCCGCUGCAGCCACAAGGUUCCUCGGACGAUGUCCUUCGACACAGAAGUGGGGAGAUAGCCCAAGGCACGCCUCCAGAAGAUUCCGCGGUUUCCCGAUUUAGUGCGAUCAUCCCGCCAGCAACAGUUGGCAAGGUCAUUGGCGCUCAGAGACCCAGCGGGUCCAAGCUGUCGAUCUAG